UUUGUAGAAAACCAAAGCAUUUCGGAGGAGCGUCGUGCUACAGAGGAAGUCGUUGAGGAAAACGAGGAGGAGCGCAUUCCUCACGAAUUAUUUUAUUCCGGCGCAUUUGAGCAAACACUUUUUCCUACUGGAAAGUCGGCUACUGAUAACACUACCAUCAAAUCAACUCAGUUUGUACUUCCAGUCACAACGGUGAAAAUGAGCGUCAUUCCAAGUAAGCCAGCACAAUGCGGUACAAAAACAAAGCAGCCUGAAGAUGAGUACACCCUGAGACAGCAUUUAGAUUUAUGUCUUUUGGCAGUACUUGAACAAAUACACAAAAAAGAAUUUAGCCAAAGAUCCAUUCCCUCAAUUCGAUCUCUUUUCUUAUCGCUACAGGCUAAAAUUAAUUUUCACUGGUUUGGAGCCGACUCACUUGUCAUUGUCAUCCUGAUAUGGCUGCUUGUAAUGGUUGUACGAAGCAAUCAGCAACACAUGGAAGAUGCAUGUUCUGCUGAUCGUUAUGUGCGAGGCUGCCUCGAUAUAUUUCUCUUCAUACUAUGCUUGAUUUUUGUGAUUGUGCAGUUUGGUCUCAUUGAUUUCUACUACCUAACAGUCUUGAAAGACAACAUUUGGUAUACUUGGAUAGGAGCCGACUCACUUGUCAUUGUCAUCCUGAUAUGGCUGCUUGUUAUGGUUGUACGAAGCAAUCAGCAACACAUGGAAGAUGCGUGUUCCGCUGAUGCUAGAAUCAAAUACGCAUGGAUCGGAUGGUUUGCAUACUCAGUUGUGCUGAUUGGAAAAGUGGCUGUCUGUUUCCGACUGUUCUACACUCAGGCAAGUUUUUUUGCUACGCUCCCGCCGAAAAUAUCUGACUUACACGACAAGUUCUUCGAUGAUCACCUGUUUCGGUUGGGUCUGUCGCUCAGCAUACCCGUUUUCAUAUUCCUCCUCGAAUCACAUCAUUACACAACACUAUGCAGUGAUCGACAGCUUUACCUGAUAUAUCUCAUGACCGCUGUAACAUUCGACCUCAUUGAUACCAUCUGCUUUCUCGAUCUACUCUGGCAGUCAUUCAAAGACAACUGGAAUUUACCGCUCUGGCUGGACCUCACGAUUCUGUCACUGGUUGCCGUCAAUCUUGUUAUGCCAGCUUUUGCGCUACUACGUUUACGGUUUGGUCGUCGUUUACCACGCUUUGCGCUUUUCAGUGAAAAAAUUUGGUCACUCAUCUACGUCCUAACGGUAAAUUCUUGAAA